AUGACUAUUCGGAGGCCAUGGACGAUCUCGGCUGCAGCGCUACUGGCUCUGCUGGCCUGCCUAGGGGUUCUGGUGGAGGCCUACCCUUCCAAACCUAAGGCCCCGCGCGGGGACGCUUCCCCGGAGGAGCUCAGUCGCUACUACGCUUCCCUUCGGCAUUAUCUCAAUUUGGUCACCAGGCAGCGGUAUGGGAAGAGGGACAGUACAGAAGGCCGGCUGGCUGAGAGUCUCUUUCUGGACAGCAGCGGAAACCAGAACAGCAAGUCUGGGUCAGAAGAGCCUUAUGCUUGGUGAUAGUUCCACCUUCUGAUCGAUCUCAUUUGCAUACCAGAGAACUUUCUACAAGGUCAAGACUCUGCUGAACCUCUGAUCCUCGAACUCUUGGGGGCAGCACCUGGGGGCUUCCAGUUUGGCGAGCUCUAAGUCCUGCACCUGCGGAAGGACUAUAGGUGACUGCUUCCUGAUUCCUUAAUAAAAAGCAAGCUUCAUGGAAA